AUGAGCAAAAAAGCUGCCGAUCUCGAGAAAAUGAUCCACACGGUCCUUGCGCUCGAAACAGAUCGGGCCAAGAAGAAGAACGAGGCCCUGGCUGCGCGCAUCUUCGGCAAGGACCGCCGAACCAGCGCACCGCCCAAGACGACGACUGCGGCUGGUGGCUCUUUGGCAAGCCGUUCUGGCGUCAAGAAGCGACUCUCCACACCGCACGCACCCCGCCCGGCUGCCAGCGACAUCAAUGGCUCCUGGACUCACGAUCUCCAUGAUGCCUCCUCGCCUGCUGCCAAGUCCAAGAAGGGUGGCUCCGGCACCAAUUCCCUGGCCUCGCGCAUCACCGUGCCCGGCGCCAUUGCUCCAUCCAACCGCCGCCAGCGGCGCGCAGCCCAGGUCGCACAGGCUCUGAUCAAGACGGAGCUGCAGCCCGCUUCCACUGCGCAGGGUCCCAUCGCCAACGCCGCUCCCGCCAAAGGUAUGACCAUCCGUGGCCUUGCUGGCCCCUUUGCCGUCAUGGCGCAGAACUUUGCCCCCGGCACUACUGCUGCCGACAUCGAGAGCGCCGUCACGCCCGUUGGUGGUCUUGUCAGCAGCUGCAAGCUGCUUAAGACGCAGCCCAUUGUCAUUGCUGAGAUUGUCUUCGAGAGCCGAGAGGGCGCCGAGCGUGUUAUUGAGACCUUCAACAACCAGACCGCAGAUGGCCGUGUUCUCCAUGUCUACCCCAAGGUCGGCGGUUUCACUGCCGGCGCCCGUGCUCAUCAGCAGCCCUCUCCCUCGCAGUCCGGCGGUAAUGUCGUUGACGGCUCGAUGGGCUUCGAUGAGCCUAUGGAGAUGGAUGCUGCUCCCAUUGCAUCGGGAGCCCGCAAGAGCACCGGCGGCGGAGGCUCACUGUAUAGUGACAAGCUUGAGAGCCCUGACCAUGACCAACAUGGCGAAGAGUCUGGCGCACACUUUGACGAGCCUUAUCCCUCUGAGCCUCGCGAUUCGUAUCCUCGUGACGAGUAUCUCGACGAGCCUCGCAAUGAACCUCACAAUGAACCUCGCAACGAGCCUCGCAACGAGCGCCGCUCCACUUCGCCGGAUCGUGGUAGACAUGACAGCCGGGAGCGCCGCUCCAACUCGCCAGAUGGUGGUAGACAUGACAGCCGCGAGCGCCGCCCCGUUUCGCCAGAUCGUGGUCGAUAUGACAGCCGCGAGCGCCGUCCCAUCUCCCAAGACCGUGGCAGAUAUGACAGCCGCGAGCGCCGUCCCGUUUCCCAAGAUCGUGGUCGACAUGACAGCCGGGAGCGCCGUCCCGUUUCGCAAGAUCGUGGUAGAUAUGCCAGCCGGGAGCGGGAGCCCUCUUAUGAUCGAGGUUACGGUGAUGAGUACAUUGCGGAUGGCUGCAAUCACGAUCAGGAGCCCCCCCCUCGCGGCGGCCAGGGCUUUUAUGAGCGUUCUUAUAACGAGCACCGGUACAACGAGGAGGAGCAGGUUCCUAGGGCGGGCGAAUACUCUCAGCAUUCCCGCACUGAGACGUCCUACACCGAACACAGCUACUCCACGGGCUCAGAUCGGUGGAACGAGUUCCAAGACCAGCGUUUCUAG